UCCAAUUGGCGGAGGGGCGGCUCCAGCGCAAAUGGUUCAAAGUUUUUUUUAAAUUGUUAAUUUCUGAGCUCAGUAUUUUUUAUGAUGUUUCUUCUCGUGAUCGUGCAAUAUUCCGUUCUAUAGAAAAAAUUGAACUUUAAAAUAUAUAUCCUUCCGGGGUUGUGUGACUGGGGUCUCCAGCCGUUUACCUUGGUAACGAGUCCAGGAAACGGUUGCGAUGGAAACAGCAGAUACUCCGGGCCCGGAGAAAGCGGGAGGGCUUGACAAGAGCACAACAUCCUGCAGAGCAGAGGCUGAAGUCAUCAGCAGUGUGGAAUUCCAAUGUGAAAAAGGAUGUUGAACUUCUUCACAGGACUAUCGCUUUUUUGUAGUGAUAAUGAAAGUCGUGCAGAAAGUUGGUGGAAAUAUAUACAUACAUGAACAAUUUACUUAAUUUCAUCUAAACUUUAUACAAUUUUUGGGGUAAAAUCAAUGCUAGGAUGCUGAAGUAAAGAAAGAGAUGAAAGGUGUGCUACUCAUGUAAACGAAACUUUGGAAAUAAUUUUAAAAUUUUCAUCAAUACUUAAUGUGAAUGAAUAUUUAAACAUGGUGAGGAGCUAUGAGAGAGAGAAAAAUGAAUAUCUUGCACAAAACCCUGAAUGUAUCUACAGACCACCCAUUGAGGUACUUCUCUGUUCAACACUGGAAGAUUUUCAAAAAGAAAGGAAGUAUUUGGAAAAGAAUGUAUUUCCAAUUUUAAGUGAACUCUGUAAAACCAGAAGAAGCUGCUUUAAAGUAGUAGAUGUACAACAGACUCUGCACGAGGGACAUCAUGAUCGAAACACUGAUUCCCUCCAGCUAAAGUUAACACUAGACUAUAUCACCAAACACUCACCUUCCCUCAUAUGCUUGUUAGGUGAAAGAUAUGGUGAAUAUUGCACAACAAGUUUUUCAGUGGGAGGAUCAGAUGUGGAAGGUUUAUCCAAGCUCGAAAGAAAUUUGAUCAUCGCAGCAAAAAAUGGUUAUCCUUGGAUAUUGGAUGAAAAUUACCGAACAUGCAGUCUGAUGGAGCUUGAGAUAAUCGAGGCAGCUUUUUUAAAUGACUCUCAGUUCAGCUUCUUUUACAUCCGAGAUCCUCAGUAUUUUGAUGACCUACUCCUGAGUGUCCCUCAGUAUGAAAGAUGGAUGGUGGAACGUAUCUAUAAAAGCAGAGAUCAUUAUGAGGAAAGGAAGGUAUGGGAGUUGAAGGAAAAAAUAAUCAGUAAAGGAUUACCUGUCAAAUUUUUUAGGAGAAUUGAAGAAUUGGGAGAAGCAGUCUUGAAGGACUGGAGAGAUGCCAUUGAUAAGUUGUAUCCCAUGGAUUUAGUUCCUUUGAAUACAGAUCAUGAAAGUUACCUUGAACUUUCUUAUCAUGAAGCAUUUGCACAAAGGUAUUGCAAGGUAUUUGUGGAAAAUGCAGAAACGCAGAGGAUUUUUGGAAUUCUGGAUGCAUUUGCAUUUAUUCCCCCAAAAGAUGAUCAAAUUGAAGACAACAGCAAGUUAACUCACUUCAAAUAUUGUAGUAACUCAAGUACCACAGAACCAAGGGCAAAUGUUACAGUGGAUUGUAAAUCUCUCCUAUUACUCUGUGGAGAGACAGGCUGUGGCAAGACAGCUAUAAUCUGCAACUGGCUGAAAUACUUUCAGAGAAAAAAUCCCAGUAUCCUGGUACUAUCUCACUAUGUCGGCUGCAGUUCAGCCAGUUAUGACAUUAUGUCCUUCAUGAGGCGUUGUAUUUUAAAACUACGUUUUGAAUAUUAUGGAGCUGAAGAUCACCCCAGUGCUUUCAGUGAGAACCCUACGGAUACGUGGAUAUUUCAAAUGAUCCAUGAAGCCUUUGUGGCAUCAAUUGGUUUGAAGCCAUGUGUACUGGUGAUAGAUGGGGCUGACAGACUAAGUGGGACCCGUGGGUUGACAGCACAGCAGGUAAAGGAAUUUUCAUGGAUUCCACAACUUCUCCCAGCUGAGUGUAGACUUAUUGUAACCACGGUCUCUUCCAGCAUUUCCUAUGUAUCACUGAAAAAACAUCCAGAUGUAAAGGUGGUGCAUAUUUCCAGUACACCUGACUAUAAAGCACAAGUCUGUAUUUUGCAGAAACAUCUUGCUAGGCCCCACAAAGAAGUAAGUGAGAGCCAAAUCCAAAACAUUGUGAGUAGAAAACUGAGUUCCUUUCCACUAGUGUUGGUUAUUUUGGCUAAUGAACUCCGAGUAUGUGAACCAUUUAGAAAUGAGACUGAAUGCCUAGAUGAAUACCUUGAAUGUCAGACUAUUCGGGAGCUGUGGACAGCUGUGCUAAGGCGAUGGAUUGAAGACUAUGGUUGGACUUCUAAUACUGUAACAACGAGCAGUGGAAAAAACACCUCUCUUUCCAAUUUACCUAAUUCCUCCAGCUCAGGAAUGAGUGGAUGGGUAGUUGAUACCCUCUGUCUCCUUAGUAUAUCACGUUGUGGAUUAGCUGAAGAAGACAUCCAUCAGCUUCUAAGGUGUCUUGGUUACAAUGAGGCAGACAAGGUCAGCAGCUAUGACUGGAACCUUUUCCGCGCUGCAUCCAUUGAGUGGAUACAGGAAAGGCCAGAUGGACUGUUGAAUUUCACCCACCAUUCCAUACAGGAUGCUGUGGGAUAUUUCCUGCUAGGUGCUAUUGCUUCAGUCAAAGAAUCCACGUUAAAAAGUCCACUUAACAACAAAAGAAGCAGAAUUCACCAACUAUUUCAAGAGUAUCUAUCACAGCAGGCUUAUACCCUGAAACUUUACCAGGAACUACCUUGGCAAUUGAAAAUGAGUGGAAACCUCUCUGACUUAUGUACCAUUGUAGCUAAUCCCACAAUCAUGCAUGUAAUUUGCCAAAAUGCCAAGCAUUCAUAUCAAUCAAAACUGGAGCUCAUCUGUUACUGGGACGGGUUAUCAAAAGCAGGGUUUGAUCCUGCAGUUACCUAUCACAACAUGGUGAAUCAGUUGGUGGCCACAUCCAACCUGUCAGCAGGAAAGAAAUGUACAACAGCAGUCAUAGUCGGUGACAGCCAAAUGGCAAAGUACAACAACUGCACUCGAGCUGCUCUGGUAUGUUUUACUGCUGAAUUUCUAAAGGAUCUUGACAAGGUCACAACAUCAGAAGAAUUGCUGCUGAUUGCUCUUUCCUUGCUACCAAUGUCGUGUCCUUUGGACCUUAUGGAAACAGAGAUUUAUUUUAAAGUGCACUACAACAUUGGGGAUGCCUGCCUCAAUGCAGGAAAGUUACAGGAUGCAGAAAAGUAUUUUCAAAAAGCUUUGCACUCUAUUGAUUUUGCAUCAAAAGACAUCAGGAAAUGCCUUCCUGAAACUGUAAGCUGCACAGUGCAGUUGUUGUGCAAAUUGGCAAACCUAAAGAUGCGUGAAGGCUCACCCAGAGUUGAUGACAUUUUACAGAAGACCAAGAAAGUGACUAGAAAAGUUCAUAAUCCAUGCGGAGAAGCAAAUUUAAAAAUUCUUGAGGGCUUCCAGAAGAUACAUGUAGGUAAAUUUUCUGUGGCUGAACAAUGUUUCCAAGAAGCUUUGAAUAUCAGGCAGAAAUGGUAUGGUGAAUUACAUCCCCUUGUUGGUGAGAUAUUGGAACACUUAGGAGAUCUGUUGUCCUGUUCAGAGAAAUCGGAAAGCUUUGACAGGAAUCAAGCCGAAGGGGUUUACAGACAAGUGAUCAAAAUUCAAGAGGAAAAUAUGCGGCUGGCCACAUCUCUUCUAAUUAGAGAUCAAAUCAAUCUUAACAGAGCCCUUGCAAUUUUUAAACUAGGUAAACUUCUACAAAGUGAUGUAAGUUAUAGGGCUAAAAAGAGGGCAGUAGAAUGUUUACGCCAGUCAUUUGACCUUCUAACCAAGAUGCUGGGUUCCAGUCAUCACCUAACAAUGGAAGUUCGAAGGUUUCUGAAAAGUGCAGAAUUACAAAUCCACAAGGAUUUUACUUUCUUUAAGAGGCCAGCAGCCUCAACCCUUGGAAAUUCCUUAAGUGUACCAACAUCAGAGGAAAAUGGGCUGACCAGUCCUCGUUUCACUUACAAGCAGCAUCAAACACCGAAGAACAAACUUAAAUCAAGAUUAUCAGCUGGCAAACAUCAAACCAGUAGCCAGACAGUAACCAGUUUAAAGUCUGUAGAAAUGAUAGACAAGACACAAAGAGAUGUGUGUUCUAACUUAAGGGCUGAUGUCUUAUGUGAGCAGGAUAAAGAAGAUACUAUUUUGGAACAGGAGAAUUUGGUCAACUGGAGAUUGGCUUCAAAUAUACACACUUGCAAACGUGACCUUCCUCCACAGCCAAGUUCAUUAAUGGUACGGCAAGGAAGUAAAUAUCCACCUAUUAACAGGAUCUCAUCUGCCAAAACCCGUGCCAAAUCUUCCUCAGUCUGCAGGCCAAUAAUGACUUGCAAACAGUCUACAUUUGAGCGUGACAUUAACAUUUUGGUACCACCUUCAAGAACCAAAGUGGUUUCAGAAAAGGUCAUUUGCUUGGCAUCAUUCAUCCUGGCUGCAUCGAACUCUCCAAAACCAUUGCUGCCCAAAAAACAUGGGAUUAGAAAGAAUACUGGGAUGGCUUGAUGUAAAGGGCAUGUUUCUCUGCUGGUGUACAUUGCCAUAAGGCAAUAGGUCUAUCCCAGAUUUUUUAAAUUGAGGUUUUUUGUGUACAGUAUUCUGAGUAGACUAUUCAUGAAAGACCACAUUAUUGUAGUUGGAAAUAGAACAGGAGAUUUGGAAAGUGAGUUAGCCAACAUCAUUCUUAAAUUCUUGUUGUUUACUAGUGAGGUUCUGUGAUGUGAUGGAUUAUCAUAAUUAAAGAACUGAGUAAU